CAACAGCCUCUCAGAGGUUCCCUCAUCAAACGAGUGUGUUUGAACUGCGCAUGUGCAGGACCGAGUGAUAUCGGAAGCAAAGACGGGCUAAUCGAGGGGGUUCACGCAAAAAAACAAGACCGAAAAUAAGAGUCAUGUCAGGUUUCCUGGACGGGAUCCGGUGCGGAGACUGCGAGUGCAAUGUGGACUGGGGAGAAAGAAGAAACACUAUUGCAUCCGUGGCUGCUGGAGUUCUGUUCUUCACAGGUUGGUGGAUCAUCAUCGAUGCUGCGGUGAAGUAUCCCGACGACGGCCAGUUUCACCAUGCCUAUCACACCUGCGGUGUCAUCGCUACAGUGGCCUUUCUCAUGAUAAAUGCGGUUUCAAAUGGCCAAGUGAGGGGAGACAGCUACAGCGAAGGCUGCAUUGGACAGACGGGCGCUCGAGUGUGGCUCUUCAUCGGCUUCAUGCUGGCUUUUGGGUCCCUCAUCGCCUCUAUGUGGAUUCUGUUUGGCGGAUUUGUGGUGCCUCAGAAGCCCGUUGUGUACCCCGGCAUUGCUGUUUUCUUCCAGAAUGCGUUCAUUUUCUUCGGGGGUUUGGUCUUCAAGUUCGGACGUACAGAGGAUCUGUGGCAGUAGCAGACUUUGUGUGUGUUCGUGUACACUCUUUAUACACUCUGCUUUCUAUACACUAGGAGAUGGUUAUUCGUGGUUAUUCACUUUAUACAAACACCUUUUUAGCUUUCCAAUUAACAUUUUUAAUUUGUAUUGUUUGCUGUAUAAUGGCUACAUUAUAACUAAGCACAAGUUUUCAUAGUUUAUUUUGAAAGGUGUGAUGACAUAUUUAAUUGUGUCUAUUCACACAGACUGUAUAGCCAUGUUGUUAUAAUGGUUUACAACUUAUAUUUGAAUUUGGGGAUCUCUCAGCUGUCUACUUUUCCUUUGGGUAUACUUACUUUUACAGCAUCCAUUAUAUUUGAACAGUCUUUUAAGUGGAAAAAGCAUAAAUUAUUCUGGAAUAAAACAUCAUUUAGGGCAAUAUUUCACAAAACUGAACACAUUUACUGAAUGUAACCAUAUUGGGGUUGUUUUUUUCCUCAAAUAACAUUAUCAGCUCUGACACGGUUAAUUAGCUCGCACUGCUGACAUGAUGUCAACAAGGUUUUGAAGUCUAUUGGUCGUUAUAAGCGUACGGGAGGUUUUUAUCUGACUGCAAAACUUAACAUCUGCUUGUGUAACAUCCAAACCACGAGGUCAUCUUCUGACGACCAUGGCAGCAUUAAACGGAGACGUAACGGGCA